GUCAGAUCAGAUCACAGAGCAGAAGGAUGAAGUUCAACAGUGCUUUGAGUUUUUCUGUAAUCACACUUCUCUACAUAACAGGUUCACUCAGCCAGUUAGAUGUAUGUGGUCGAGCCCCUCUCAGUAAUAGGAUUGUUGGAGGAGAGGAUGCGACGACAGGGGCUUGGCCGUGGCAGGUCAGCAUUCAUCUCACUGGAUCAGGCCAUUUCUGUGGCGGGACUCUUAUCAAUAAAGAUUGGGUGUUAACUGCAGCACACUGCUUCCACAAGGACGAUCACAUUAAGAUGUACUUCGGUCGUCUGAACCAAUCCGGCUCAAACACUUAUGAGAUGUCCAGGACAGCGAGUCAAAUCAUCAACCAUCCUAACUAUACCUAUAUAUAUAUGUUAAAAAUUGACAAUGAUAUAGCCCUGGUCCAGCUCUCCUCCUCUGUGACUUUCUCUGAUUACAUUAAGCCGGUCUGUCUGGCAGCGGCUGGGAGUGUGUUUGGGGGAGGGACAAAGAGCUGGGUCACUGGAUGGGGAACACUGCAAUCUGGAGGGACUCAGAUUCCUAACACACUACAGCAGGUGAUGGUACCAGUUGUGAAUAACAGAGCCUGUGAUAAUGCUUAUGGAGGGGUGUUCAAAAUCACAAGCAAUAUGAUUUGUGCUGGACUGUUAAAUCAGGGAGGAAAAGAUUCAUGUCUGAUAGACUCUGGAGGUCCAAUGGUCAGCAAGAACGGCUCCCUGUGGAUUCAGUCUGGCGUUGUGAGUUUUGGUCGAGGAUGCGCUGACCCCAAAUAUCCUGGUGUGUACUCCAGAGUCUCUGAGUAUCAGGACUGGAUCAAGUCUUACACGGGCAGCAACCCGCCUGGAUUUGUUAAUUUCAAUUCAACAGCCAGCUCCAACCUAAGAAGUGUACCAAGCUGGUAUAUCGCUAUGUUUGUCAUUCAUCCUUUAUCUCUCUUUUUUUAUUAAAUGUACUAUUCUU